AGAUAACUGCGUAAAUAUUUUUAAAGAAAAUAUUUCGUUCAUUUUCAAUUCUUAAAACACUUAGGUUUGUUGGUCGCAGUAAAAAAUGUUGGAAGUAUUUCAUCGCAGAUUAAAUUAUGGAAAAGGAUUUUAGUAUGAAAAUUUAAAGUCAGAUCUAUGAGAGAAGAAAGAAGGAUGUCAUUGAAGAAUGGACCUCAUCUACCACACUAUCACAAUGCAAUUAAAUCAACAAACGACUCGGCUGUAUAUACUCCAAGCUCCAGUAUUAUUUCGGACCCUCUCACAGACAAUUAUACUAUAGGAGAAAAUAUUGGCAGAGGAAAAUUCGCUGUGGUAAGAAAAUGUACAAACAAACAAACAGGCGAGGUGUUAGCUGCCAAGUUUAUCAAGAAACGGCGGAGGGGGAAGUCAUGCCGGGAAGAGAUUCUAAGGGAAGUCGUGAUGCUGGAAAUGGCCCUCGAUCACCCGAGACUGGUCAACUUGAAAGAAGUUUAUGAGACACAGCAAGAGUUAAUACUCAUCACAGAAUACUGUGCAGGUGGUGAACUGUUCACAGAAUGUAUCUUGGAGGAGAAAUUCAAUGAGUCUGAUGUUAGACUGUUGAUGUCUCAGAUCCUUGAAGGACUUCUCUACCUACAUGAAAAGAAUAUUGUUCAUUUAGACCUAAAGCCACAGAACAUUCUGUUAACUGAUGAGUUUCCGAAAGGCUCUGUAAAGAUCUGUGAUCUUGGUUUUGCAUGCUUGGUCAACACUGGAGAAGAUAUACGGGAUAUUAUUGGCACGCCAGACUAUGUUGCUCCAGAGGUGUUGAAUUAUGAUCCUCUAGGUUUGUACACAGACAUGUGGUCUCUGGGCGUACUGACGUAUGUUAUGUUGACGACUUGUUCACCUUUCGCUGCUGAAGAUAAACAAAUGACAUUUUCAAACAUAACCACGGUGAACUUCGACUUCCCCGAUGAUCUGUUUGGUGAUAUCAGUAUGGCUGCCCAAGAUUUCAUCAAGAAGUUACUUCAGUCUGAACCAAGUGAUAGGAUGACUGCCAAGGAAUGUUUCGAACAUGAAUGGUUAGCAGGAGUAACCAGUCCAAGUAAACCAUUGACAUUGUAUGGAGCUGAAACCCCAGACCUCACAACCGGUGAAAUUAAAGACAAUACUGAACUUGAAAAUGAAACAAGUGAUGUGAUAGUGAUCAGUGAAGAGGUAGAUGAGGUUUUAAAUCAUUCUAGGGAUUUUUCAAGAGAAAAAAUUGAGAACCAAACUUCAGAAAUGUCAGUGAAUGAAGGAAGAGAUGAUGAGGGUGUUUUUGUUGACACCGAAUCAGACAUUCCUGCUCAUAAUGAGUUAGAUAGUAACUUAAGUGAUAUAGAAACGAAUCAGUCUGAGAUAGGUGUUUAUCCAGUUGAAAACACAACUCAUAAACAGGAUACGCAUGCAGAUAAUGUACCAGUGAUAAAAUAUGAAAGAACAUAUAAUCCUAGUGUUAAUGCAUCAAGUUCAGAUGUGACACCAGAUACAGACUCCAGUAUGUGUAUAUCAGAAAGUAGACUUCAGGAAAUAGAUUCUGGCAUGGUUACUGGCUCAGAAUCUGUAGAUAUAUCUGGAAGAACAAGUGUAGACCAGGAACCAGAUACUGACUUUAAUAGUGAAACAAAUGAAGACAUAGACAUGUUGAAUAGAAGCAGUGUAGAGAAUGAAUUAAAAGAUGAAGUAGUUAGUCUUUCUACAAUAUCAGAUAAGCAUGAUUUAAACAAAUUUAAUACAUCAGAAGUAUGUGAUGAAACAAGUGAGAAUAUACAUGAUAGUACUGAAGAGAUUGUUAGUGAAAAUGAAAUGGAUAUAGAAAUAUCGGAAUCAUGUGAUAAUAAUAGGGUUUUACAAAUAAAUGAAAAUAAUUCUGCAAAAAAUUAUACACCAGAAAAACAGCAUUCCAAAAUAGAGGAUAGUUCUCCUAAUAUACCAAAUAAAACGAUCAGCUUGCAACAAGAAACAGUAAUUAGAGACAAGACUCUUAUCGAGACACCAUCCCAAUCCAACAGUGACGCAAAGGGACGUAACUCUGUCAGCCAUAUAGAUGACUCCAUCAAUAGCAUGCAGUUGGGUGAGAGUCUCAAACGUGGCAUGUGCAAUGAAUUAGUAUCUUCAGGGGCAGAUAAUCCAGAAAAUGAUGAACAAGAGUAUGAAUUUGUUAGUGUUUCUAAAAGGGUUCGCAGUUACGAGGACAACAUCACCUUAACAAAAACUUCUCCAUGUAGCCCCAAGAUAUCAAGAAGCCCAAGAAUUGGUCGACAUUCAAGACUGCAUCAUCAUCCACAUCAUUGAUUGGUCCAUCUACUAUAACGGUGUUUUACAAUUGUUUUACAUGCAUCUCUGGCUAGUAGUAUUUGCACAGGGUAGAUGCUUAGUGCUGCCUCCCCACUCCUUACCUUCAGCUAAACCUGUUGUCAUUCAGCUUUAUUCAUAGUAUAGGUGUACAUUAAAAUAUACUAAAUGAUUAAAUUCCAGUGUAAAUGUACAUGGGGUAAUGAUUUAGUGGAUAGAUAUUAGUAUAUGCUUUGGUUAUGUUUUUGUUGAUGAAUCUUUUUUUAAAUAGAAGUUAUGGACAGCAUUGGCAAUUAAUUUGUUAUAAUUUGUAUGCAGCUGAUAUGAUUAUCAUCAGUCACACGUAGCAACUCUUGACAUUCUUUAAACACAACAUAGCGUUAUCUGUAUGUAUUGUUGUCAGCAAAACUUUUUCUCAGCAUAAUGUUCAAGAUUACCGUAAAAACUUGAAUAUAUUAAGCUAGCGUGUAUAAAAAUGACAAAAAAUGUUCGAUUUUCGGCAAUAUUUACAUGCUAUCAAACUAAGAAAAAAAUGUAUGAAACUCUACUUUGGUGUAUAAUACGCACCCCUUUUUGAGAAUGAAAAACAUAAAAAACAUGCGUAAUAUAUUCAAAUUUUUACGGUACAUACAUUGUUUAAGUGUUUAGAAACUUCUACAUUUUAAUCUGUAUAUUAUGGCUUAUUGUGAAUUCUAAAUUGUUGUUAGAGGCAGUGAAUGGACAAGCAUUGUUUGCCACAGUUAAUGUUAUAGUUAAAGAGGAAACUUACUGUUCAAUCUAGCAUUUCUGUUACAAGGAUUUUCCUCAAUUUCUCCUUAAAUAUUUCUCAGUACCACAUGUACCACUCCAGGAGUCGUAAAUAUGAACUUCUUAAUUUUUUGAAAAUAUCAUGAUUAAGUAGUUUUGAAUUAUUGUCUAAAAAUAUUUUCUGUUGUAAACUCCUGCAAUUUGGACAGCACAAAAUAAUGCAGUGUAAAGCAGCAAUGUUUUGUAAACAUGGUCAAAAAAAGUGUUACAGAUUUGGUUGAACAAACAGUAGAUUCCUUCCUGUCUCUUCAAAAUGACUUCAUACAUACCAGUCUAAAUCUAAUUGCAGACACAUUAUAUUUAUGAGUGUUGGAACAGUUUAACAUCAGGCCACUGUUUUAAUUUUUAUUUAAGUAAGAGUAUAAUACUGUAAGAAGUUGUUAUAGUUAAUAGAAUAUGUAUCUGUGUAUGGUUUGAAAUGUGGCUGGAAACAACGUCUUUCUGUCAUUUGGAAAUUAAUUGGCUUCAUUUUAAAACUUGUGUUAAUCUGAUACUUAAUUAUGGUUAUGAUAGGCACAUCAAUGUAGUAAAUCAGACUGAAUUGAAGAUCCAUUUUAUUCAAGAAACAAAUUUUCUAGGGCGCUUUUGUCUGAAUUGUAUUCAAGGGCAUUUAUGUCUGAAGUAUAUUCCAAGGUACUAAUGUCUGAAGUGUAUUUCAGGUCAUUUGUUUCUGAAGUAUAUCCAAGGAUACAUAUGUCUGAAGUGUAUUUCAGGGCAUUUAUGUCUGAAGUAUGAUCCAGGGCACACAUGUCUGAAGUGUAUUUCAGGGCAUUUAUGUCUGAAGUAUGAUCCAGGGCACACAUGUCUGAAGUGUAUUUCAGGGCAUUUAUGUCUGAAGUAUGAUCCAGGGCACACAUGUCUGAAGUGUAUUUCAGGGCAUUUAUGUCUGAAGUAUGAUCCAGGGCACACAUGUCUGAAGUGUAUUUCAGGGCAUUUAUGUCUGAAGUGUAUUUCAGGGCACACAUGUCUGAAGUGUAUUUCAGGGCAUUUAUGUCUGAAGUAUGAUCCAGGGCACACAUGUCUGAAGUAUAUUCCAGGAAUGAAUAAAGUUUAACUGCUCAAUCAUGUAUAUUUUUGUCAUUGAAAUGCAUUUAUGGAAUGAAAAAUUCAUAUGAACAGUAUCUUAUUACGUUAACCCUUAGCCUGCUAAAUUUCUAUAAUGGACUGGUCCAUCAUUCAAUUUGGGCAAUAUCAUUUAUUAUUCGAAGGGGUGUUUACUGAAAAUUUACUGACUGAAUAGCGAACAGUGCAGACCAUGAUCAGAUUGCACAGAUGUGCAGGCUGAUCUUGGUCUGCACUGGUCGCAAAGGCAGAAUUAUUGCCGCCAGCAGGCAAAGGGUUAAUUAUGAUCUAUCAUAUCAGUAUAGAACAGGUAUUUGCUACCCCAGUUACAAACAUCCCCAUUUCUAUAGUCAUGAUAGUAACAUGCCAAAAUAUAGUUCUUAAAAAAAAAGUCCCACUGAUUCGCAUGUAUUUCAAAUUAAUAUAAGAUUGUGCACAUUUGCAUUGAAGCAUUGUAAGUUAUGAAAGUAGUUUAAAUUUUUUCAUCAGUUGUCCUUCAGUAUAUCACUGACUUUAAUAGGCAUUAUUAGAGCGUUAAUGAUUUCAAAAUUCAUUUGUUGUUUAUCUAGAGACAUGCAAACAUUGUCAUUUAUCUUGAUGGAUAAUCAUAAUUAUAUUAUAAUUGAAAUAAAUAGACAGGAAAAUGUUUUAACUGUCCAACUAUGUGAUUUCAGUGAAUGCCGGCGAAGUAUGUUAGUAUAUAGUACUGUUUAUGAAAAUAAGGGAAAUAAAUACAAGUCUACAGAAGAAAAUAAUUUUGUUAAAGCCCUGCUACGCGGCUAUUCAAAUUCUAUUGUGUGUAUGCAACCCAUGAUUACAAUAGGUAACAAUUAACGUCCACGCUCCACACUUUAGCACGCAAAACCACAGGUAUUUUAUAUAGAAUUUUAUAUAAAAUAGACUCUAUUUUGACAGACGUCCUUGUUCAUAGUCAGGAUUUUCUUGCUUUUUCAGUGACAAUUUAAGGUUAAAAGGUAGGACUGGAGCAGGUCUUUAACUUAAAUUUGGCUUGUUACUGUUGUUAAUAGUUUCUUAUUAUUAUUUGGUUACAUGGUAAAUGGGACUGACUGAUGGCAAGCAAACAAACAGUAAACUAAGAAUUAGGCUGCUAGGGUAAAUGUGUGCUAAAACUGCUACAAUUUUAAGUUUUAGGCUAAAAAAGUUCCAUAAAGCUUUUAAUUGUACAUUAAAAACAGAUUUUUCAAAUGAUGUGAGAAAACAAUAACCUAAAAAGUGGACUAAUACUUGACAAAAAGCAGACAUAUUUUAUGUUCAUAACAAAAUAUUUGCUAGGCACAUUAUAAAGCUUUUAAAGAGCUCGUUAUAAAGCCUUUUUUAAGAGCUGUAACAAAAAUGUCUUUUGAAUGGCAGUUCUACUUACUGCUCUCCGUGUUGAUGGCAUGUUUGUACCUGGGGUAGACAAUACCAUGUGUACAAGCAUUAACUUUAUGCAUUUUUACAUGAGUAUUAUCAUGAGAUAAUGUAAUUUUAUUUUUGUAUAAUAUUUAUACCAUAAACACUUACAUUAGUUCACAUAUCAUAUAUUUAGAACAUGUAUAGAUAUAUUUUAUUUAUUUUUAGGAUUUUACUUUAUUUUAACAAACAUUUACUGACCAAUAUUUUUUCCUUCAUUUCUGUUUUGCGUUAUUUCAAGUUUGUCAAUGUAGAAUGGACCAAAAAAAAAUCAAAUUUUUCCGUUUUUUUUUUUUUUUUUUUUUUUUUUUUUUUUUUAAACGUAAUCUUCUGUUAUACCAAAUCUUGUAUUUUUUUAGGUUAAUUACAAAACUAUGAUGGCAUAUUAAUCAGAACAUGAGCAAAAAAGGGUGCAUGUUUACAAAAAGAAGCGCAAAAAUACAAUAUCAUGUGUAACAAACAUGCACAAAUUUUACAAACUGUAUAUUUUGACAGAAUAAACAAAUUCAAAUUCAUGCUUAUUUAAACCUGACAUUUCCUGGUUUAAUAUGUAACUAGUUCGUAGUUUACCCUUUGAAAAUUUAAUUUAUUACUAUUUGAUUUGAAGUUUUGAAAGCGAUCAUUCACCCUGCUGAGACAAUAUAUGUACAAUAUGUUUACCUUUGGCUAUUGUGUGUCGGACAGUUCUUGUCUUCUGGCUAUUUCCUUAAGAACAAUUAAGAUUUGAUUAACCUUUUUAUCAGUUGUUAUGGUUGUUUUUUUUGAGUGAAAGCUUAUCUUGUAUAUAGCUAUUGAUUUAGUAGAUAUUUUACAUCUAGAAUGAAUUAUUUAUAUAUAUGCUAUAGUAGCUGGUGCAUUUGAAGUAGUGUUAUAUAAUUAUGUUGUAUUGUUAAUUGAUAAAAUAUGAAUUCUAAGGUAGCUGUAGGUACCUUGAAUAAAAAAAAAAUUGAAAUUCCAUGUAACCAAAGCAGUACAGUAUUGACACAAGCAGUUGAAAAUCUCUAUAAUAACUACAUUCGAACCCGCCCGUUUAGCUCAAUAGGGAGAGCGCUGGUCUAUGGAUUACGAGCUCAUGAUUUCGAUCCUCAGGCAGGCUUUAUGUUCUCCAUGACGUUUUGAUAAAAGACAUUGUGUCUGAAAUCAUUUGUCCUCCACCUCAGAUUCAUGUGGGGAAGUUGGCAGUUACUUGCAGAGAACAGGUUUGUACUGGUACAGAAUCCAGGAACACUGGUUAGGUUAGCUGCCCGUAGUUACAUAAUUGAAAUACUGUUAAAAAAAGCGUUAUACCCAAAACAAACAAAAACUACAUUUGAGACUCUGUAUCUAGAAUUCCAAGGGACAUAGCAUUUGAGCCGUGCCAUGAGAAAACCAACAUAGUGGGUUUGCGACCAGCAUGGAUCCAGACCAGCCUGCGCAUCCGCGCAGUCUGGUCAGGAUCCAUGCUGUUCGCUAUUAAAGCCUUUUGGAAUUGGAGAAACUGUUAGCCAACAGCAUGGAUCCUGGUCUGGAUCCAUGCUGGUCGCAAACCCACUAUGUUGGUUUUCCCAUGGCACGGCUCAUUUUACUUUGAGGUAACCAAAAUUUGACUUGAAAAAUAAUACUUGAUGUGGUUUUUUUUUGUUUUCUUUUUUUAUGCUAAAAAUGUUGCCAUAACCUCAUAUGUAUAUACAUACAAACAUGUUGUAUACUUCGUAUAUGCGAUUUGAGAGUACAUAAGAUUUUGGAACACAAUUUAUUCAUAGUUUUAAUUCAUCAUUUUAAAAAUGCUACGCAUGCUCAAAUCUUUUCUUAGUAAGUAGGGUUUUACUUCGACUCCGAUACAUAGGAACCCUGACAAGACUUCAAAUUUACUUCAGCGUAACCAUAGUCACAGUAUUGCAAAUUAGAGUUAGACAGAGUAAAUAUAUGUAAAAAAGGAAUUUUGACUGGUCUUUAGAAGUUCUUUGAAUUACAGAAUAAGACAGAAUUACAAAAUAAGGGAGUUCGGAUACGAAGUGUCAACUGUAGUUGCUAAAAUUAUUUCCGUAAACCUGUAGAAAAUUGAAUUGGAAAAAAAAAAGCAACAGACCGUUAGUUUAUAAGAUAUAUUGGAUUUAUUAUAUUUAUUUAAACAGUAUGGGAAAUCACAUGAUCAGAACAAUCUCAAAACCAAAGUGAUAUUUUUAAGAAAAUAAAUUUCUUGCCAUGAUAAGAUAUGAACUUUGAAAAAUAGCCUAACAUGUGGGUAAUGAAAGUUGUUUAAUAAUUUAUAUAUAAUUUUCAAUAAUGAUAAAUUUCUGGUAUUUGCACGCACUAAAAUAACUGGUCUCAGUUUCUUGAAGUGUUCCAAAUACAUGGAAAGGUUAAUGUGAUUGAAAUCUGUGUAAUUUUUUGCGUACAUCUGUGGUGCCAUUAGAUAUAUUAGAUAGAUAUUAGAUAGAGUUACAGCAAAACUGGCUGCAAUAUUAUCCCAUAUUAUUCAUGAAUUUACUUUGGUUUAGAGAUUAUUUUUGGUCAUGUGAUUCCCCGCAGUGUUUGAAGCAAGAAACAACUUAAAUGAUUGAGUUUAUGAUCUGAUUCUUGUUUUUGUAUGAGAAUUUUAGACUAGGCCUUAACGUUCACUUUAGUGUGGCAGUCAGUCAAGUCGGGUUCUACAAAGUUAUUUUGGGGUAAAAAAGAUAUAUUUUACCAAGUUAAUUAUAAUUAUAUCUGACUCUGGAUGCUGACUAUACAGCUUAAAUAAUAUAUUCCAGUCAUAGGGUAAACUAGACUAACACUAGGGGGCAGGUUAUAAACUGCUCGUGUGGACCAAAUAACACCUGACCAAGUUUGGUAGUAUUGAUUUGAUAUUGUAAUAUUGUAGUUUCUUAGCAACACAUUUAUUUACAUGACUUUAGGUUUUACAGAACUGUUUUCAUACAGUUUCCUUCUAAAAACCAAACUAAUGGUCAAAAUAUUUUUUGAAAGUGAAGAAAUUUUGAUAAACUCCGUAUACAUUCCAUAAGAGUGACUUCGUGACUUCUUUACAUAGUUCACUGUAUAUUAUAUGCUACAGUGUAAUAUCUGUAUAAUGGCUUCCACAGAAGAUUGUAUUUUAGUAAGAGUGUGCAAAUGCUGAAAAUAGAAUUAUUUAUUCUUUAAAAAAAUGAAUGAACCAAUUUAAGAUUUAUGUAAGAUUAACAGUUGUUAUGUAAAAUCAUUUUUAAAAUAAAAUUCAGUUUUGUAGAUCUUCUAGACAAAUAAAAGAUCACCACUGGGUUAUUAGACAUAGUUCUGUACAAUAUGGCGAUAUAUAAGGGGGAAGUACCCAUACGAAAAAACAUAGGCAAUCCAGUUUCUUUUUUCAGACGGGUACAAGCCCAGAUAUAUCCUGUAUUGUCAGGACAAUGUUUGAUAUUAUUUUAUUAUGCUUAUUUUUCACAGUAAAAAAGGAAAACAAUCAGACUGUCUGAAGUUUUAUCCAGAAACAUACAUAAUUCUGUUGGUCAAUAGUGAACAAAGUUUGGAAUCGGAGUUGUGGCAUUGUCCAAUACAUAAUAUGAGCCGCGCCAUGAGAAAACCAGCAUAGUGGCUUUGCGACCAGCAUGGGUCCAGACCAGCCUGCGCAUCCGCGCAGUCUGGUCAGGAUCCAGGCUGUUCGCUUUCAAAGCCUGUUGCAAUUAGAGGAACUGUUAGCAAACAGCAUGGAUCCUGACCAGACUGCGCGGAUGCACAGGCUGGUCUGGAUCCAUGCUGGUCGCAAACGCAUUAUGUUGAUUUUCUCAUGGCAAGGCUCAUAUUUUUUAUUUUCCAUAAAUAUAUUGGACAGUCUCAUGGUACAGCAUCUCUGAUUGGAAUAGUAAAAUAGAUAUAAAAUAUAAGUUAAUUAGGCCUACCAAAUUGGAUCUAUGUGUAUGUUAUUUUGCUCUCUUCAUUUUUCAAACCAAAUCAGGCAGAAAAAAAACAACAAAAUUAUGAACGGUCCAUAAAAAGUUUAAAACAGAAACUUUUAUAAAUACUGACAGCUUUAACACCCAUGAAAAAACCUAUCUAAAUUUUUAGUAUAUUGAGGAAUUGUAAAUUUUAAUCUUAUUCAGUUGAAAUUAAUAAAGUAAUUCUGUAAAGAAUAGAAAUGUCCAUCGUGUUUAUGUUUUGUAUGUCAUCACUGGCGUUUAUAACAUUUUCAAUCUUUCUUUUUUUUAUCAAAAAAGCGGAAGACCUCAUAGCCGGAGGUCACUAUAGAUUCAAUUUGGUCUGUCCUUGUGAUCAGACAACCAAUUCGAUUUGGCCUUCUUUAUGAUAGAAAUAGUAGUAUAUAGGUAUACGCUGUAUAUGCUUCAGUGACUAUAAAACCAUUGUUUUUGAUGGACUGCUGUGACUGACUGUUAGACAAUGCUUUACAUCCAUGUUUUGCUUUAUAGAAAUUUAAUACUACAAUUGUAUAUGCUUAAUUGAGUAUGCAUUACAUGUAUAGCUUUAUAGAAAAUGUCUGAGCAAUGAACCUGUUUUGUUAGAAUAUAAUUAUUUAACAUCAAA